AUGAACUCCAAGGUCAGCAAAAUAGAAUUUCGCCUUUUAAGCUCAUUUUCAGCUUUCCCUUCUGAUUCUGGUGUCAAUUAUGGUGGCCGAUAUACUUUCGACCGAUCCUGUCGAGUUACAGAAAAGAGGUUAACUAAUAAAAAAGACUUCUUUGCGUCUUUUUUUUCGGCUAUUUUCUUUCAUUAACUUUAAAACUUCAAAUUCUCUUCUAUGAUCGUAUCUGUGAGGGAACAGAGAGCCCAGACAGGUCAGACUGUUUAUUUAGUAUCAGGCAUUUCAAAAAUCGUUUCUAGUAUGCUACCAAAACUGGAUGAUUGAAAGAAGAUAGCAAGAUUUCAAAAAGAUAUAUAGAUUUCUAGAAGUCAUCGAACGUAAAUGGUGCAUUUGGUGUUCGGCCUACGAUGAACCCUGCGAUGUUUUUGGCCCUUAUUGUAUGCUGGGGACGGAAUGCACGCAAGUUGUGAGUUUCUGAAUUUUCAACCUUUCAAUAAUUUUAUUCCCUUUUUUCAGAGAAAUUAUGGAAGGUACAAAUGGUCGACUAAAACCUACGUCUACGCCUGUCGAUGA